AUGUCCGAUGGCAUCGUUGGCGAUGUCGUCCCCAAAAACCCCCGAAAGUCGUACGAGGAACCCGAGGACGAGUCAGGGGACGAGGACGAGUUUGUUGAUGCUAAGGAUACCAAUGGUACCGGCGGGGAUAAUGAGGACGACGGCGACGAUGACGAGCUCGAAGAGGACGAAUUUGUGGUCGAAAAGAUCUUCUCGCAUUACAUUGCCGACGACGUCAAGUGGGAGGGGUGGCCCAAAAAGUCUGACCGUACCUGGGAGGAGGAGGACAAUCUCAAGGAGAAUGCAGCUCAGGUUCUACAGGAGUACUUCGACAGCAUCGGCGGCCGCGAGAAGAUAUUUGAAGCUACAAAGAAGGCGCUCGCGAGCAGAAAGCGCGGCCGCCAGUCCGGAUCCACCACACCUGCCGAGUCGGCGAAGCGUACGAAAAAGACAAACGGCCACCCUUUAGACUCGACACCGCCCGCGAGCGCCAAGCUGGUGGAGUGGAAACCGCCGAGCGGCAGCUGGGAGGACCACGUCGAGUCUGUGGACAUGUGCCAGGAUGAGGAAAACGGGAACUUCAUCGUUUACUUGACGUGGAAGAAUGGCAAGAAGACGCAGCAUCCUAAGGAGGUCGUGUACCGCAGAUGUCCGCAGAAGAUGCUCCGGUUCUACGAGCGACACAUUCGCAUAUCGAGAGACGGCGGGGACCCCGUCCCCAUCGGAAGCAUGACCCAGUAG